AUGCUCCUCAGGCUCAUCUUCCCAGCUGCUUCUCCCGUCGACCGAACUCUCUCCGUUCUCGGCGGGCACUACACCAUCUCCUUCUCUUCCAGCAGUCUCUGGCUACGUUGCAUUCCGAUUCUCCAGCGUGUCCCACGCUGGAUGGUACCGACCCUGUGUAUUGCCGCCGAUGUCCAAAGCAGUUCACGGACAUUCUGCAACUUCGCAUACAUAUUGAGUCGGACCAUCGCUGCCAAUGCCCUUGCGACGCCUGCUUGGGCGUGUCGCCUGGCCCCUGUCAGGUACCACGCCCCGAGUUUGCGUGUCCUUGCGGCUCGACAUUCAACAGCAGGUCGCAGAAAAAGUGGAGGGAACACCGCAGGCACCUCGACCGCCGACAGGUUCAAUGUCGAUGCGGCGAGAUCCUGCGCGAAGACCGCGUCGACGAACAUUUCAAGAACUGCCGUCAAGGAGGCAAGCAUCCCACCGCCUCGUGUUCACCAAUCAGGAAGACUUCCUUCGUCACUUCAACACCAAAUGCAAGGGACGGAGGCCCGGACGACCGAAGAAGAGGAAAAGUACUUCGAAAUGAAGCAGAACCACUGGAACACCCUCACCGAUCUUGGGGGAUGCAAGAACGAGCCGUUCGUUGUUAUUAGUUGGCGACUCACCAUAUCUCCGACCCGGUGGGCCGAACAUGAACGUUUCUUAGAUGAUCUAUGGGUUACGAACCCUCGGCGCAACGAUGUGGUUCUUCGCAACGGAGGCAUCCCUUCGCGAUAUGACCGAAAGGUUGAGCAAGGCCACUCGCUUGCGCUGACUUGCCAACGACCUGACGCGAUGCCCCCUUUCCAAGGCUUUCGCUCCCAGGACUACAAAGGAGGAGAAGGAUGGGCAACAAGUGGAAGGUGCACCUUUUGCCCAUCAAGAUACCCUGAUUUCGACUUUGAAUACGACGAUUGA